UGCCUUACCGUACCAACACCUUCCUGCUCUGCUCUCUGCCUUUCAGCCACCACUGGAUGAUUACAGAUGUGUACGGAUUGUCUUAUUCAGAUAGGAUUGACCUUUUCUUUUCAUCUGGACAUGUGGUUUGUUACUACGUAUGUUUCCCUCCAUCAUUUCUUCCUUUGAUAAUAGAUAGAUAAUAGAUAGAUAAUGUGGUGUGAAACCCUGAGCCUGAGCUGUUUUCAGUCAGGAUGGAUGACUGAUGCUGGAGGCGGGACACCGGAGAGGCAGUAGAUGAUCACAGCUUGACUUUUGUUUCCAUCGACACCGCUGUUGGUCGUCUACAGGAUGGACUCCGUCUGUCAGAACCUGCGAGAUGAGAUCUCGGAGCUGCUGAAGCCUCACAGAGUCCGUCUGGUGACGCCGGUGAUUCUGAACCACGCCGAUCAGCCAUGUGGGAGAUCGGCCAACAGGUUGGUGGUGCUGAGUCAAUGGAGAGCUUUCCUGGUUACAAAUAAGCAGCCUGUCAGGGUGGAGAGCACUUUCAGCUACUUGGAGAUUUGCUCCAUCAACAUUCACAGUCUCACACAGAUCGUGUUGGAGACAGACAGGCAGACUCUGUCUUUGGGUGUGUUGCACGGUGAGGAUCUUGAGGCCAUGGUCAGCCACAUGAGCGCCUCGCUGAAGAGGAUCUUCCCCGAUUCAUCUCCAGGAAAGCUACUAAAGACGAUUCCUCCGGAUCUCCGGCUGAGACUCCGCACAUUGACUGAUGUGAUCGAAGAGCAGCUGAGUAGUCAGCCCGCCUCCUGUGGAGGAUUCUCUGAUACCUAUGCUGCUCUGUGUGAUUUCAACGAGAUGCCAUUCCGAGAGGAGAUUCAGUGGGAUGUUGACAACAUCUACUGCAUCAACAACUGGAGGGUGUUCAACCUGCAGGACUUCAGCCACUUAGACAGCAGGGACUUGGCGUUAGCAGUAGCAGCUCUGUCUUUCAACCAGUGGUUUACCAAGAUCUACUGCAAAGAAUUCAAACUGUCAGUAGACAUCCAGCAGCAGCUGACCUUCCUGCUGUCCAGAUCUCCCAGUCUGGAGGAGCUCUCACUGGAGGCCAGUGGACUCAAACUGGACUUUGCAAUCAAAAUGGCAGCUGCCCUGCGGGAGCACCCCUCCUCUGCCCUGCAAUCCAUCAACCUGUCAGGCAAUCCAAUCGAAGACAAAGGUGUCAUUGCUCUCAGUCAGGAGCUGGGGAAUCUUGCUGAAGGACUCAAGCACCUAUCUCUGUCCCGAGUAUCAAUGACUGCUAGAGGUCUGGGCUGUCUGAGUCAGAUGUUGUCCUCCACUCAGCUGUUCUCAGCAUCUCUGACCCACCUCGACCUGUCCGCUAACCCCGGCAGCCUGGUGACUGAAGAGGCCACGUUUCUCUUCAAGUUCUUGUCCAGCACCAACCGUCUGUCUCAUCUGGACCUCAGUGACACCAGCUGUCCUCUGGACACGUUAUUUGUGUCACUGUCUGCUGGAUGUUGUUACAAACUGAUGCACCUGAACCUGGCCAGGAACCCUUUCAGCCACAGGAAGGUGCGGGAGGUGACCAGGAGCAUUCGAGAGUUCUUCAGUCAGAGCUGUGAGCUCCAGUACGUCGGCCUGUCUGCAACCAAACUUCCUCCACAAGCUCUUAGGUUAUUACUGCAGGGUCUGGCAACCAACACUCGUCUGCUUGGGCUGGAGUUGGACCUCAGCAGCUGUGAGCUACGUUCAGCAGGGGCCCAGGUGAUACAGGAGCACAUCUCUGAAGCUACAGCUAUCAGAAGUCUGGAUAUCUCUGACAAUGGGUUUGAGAAUAACAUGGUAACUCUGGUUCUGUCUGUCGGUCGAUGUCACUCUCUUCGACACCUCGCACUGGGAAGAAACUUUGCCAUGAAGUCCAGAGCUCUCACUGAUGUUCUUCAUCGUAUAGCUCAGCUCAUUCAGGACGAAGAGUGUCCCUUGCAGUCUCUAUCGGUGUGUGACUCCAAGCUGAAGACAGGGAUUCACAUCCUGUUGAGCGCUCUGGGCGGCCACGCUGCUCUGGCUGAAGUGGACAUCAGCGGAAACAACAUCGGAGACACUGGAGCCAAAAUGCUGGCCAAGGCCCUGAUGACUAACACCAGACUGAGGACCCUAGCAUGGGACAGAAACAAUGUAACUGCCAGGGGUUUCCAGGAUGUGGCUGAUGCCUUGGAGAGGAAUUUCACUCUGCAGCAGAUGUCUGGCCUGGCUGAUAUCACACAGAGUUACCGCAGCAGCCCGGACAGAACAAAAGAGGCCCUGCACAAGAUUCAGCAGUGUCUAGACAGAAACAACCAGAGACAGUGUGAAAGAGUGAAGCAAGUGUUUCGAGCUCAACAAUCUGAGAAGGUCCAGGGUAUGUGUCAGCAGUUGGAGGACAGCCUUCAACGUUUAAAACACUGCAACAUUCAAGACGUACAGGCUGACAUCCUGACAGCGCACGAGGUGCUGCACAACGCCAGGGAGUCCUUCAAGCUGCUUCCUUCUCUGUAUGAGGCCGGCAGGAAGUGUGCCUCUGAUGGAGAUUUGGUGAACUGCAUCCUGUCUGACACUGCCACUGCUCUGACUCACGAGUUCAACAGAAGCAUCCAGGAGCUGGCUACGGACCUGAUGAGGUGUGCAGAGGCAGCGUGUCCACGGCUGGUCCAGCGCUCUAGUGUGUGUGAGUGUCUGUCAGAGUGUGUGUCCAAAAGAAGCCGACAGACACACACAUUCCUGAGAAGCACUCUGGUGGAGAAGACAGGGCAGAUCAUCAGCGACAGACUACGUGAACUGAGACAAACACUGAGUGUCUCUCUGGCUGAAAGCAUCAUAGAGCAGGUUCAACAGGACCUGACAAUGGAACAGGACAAAAUGGAUUGCCUCAUAAAAGAGAAUUCAUGCAUUGCUCUAAAAAACAUCGUCCCAGAGCUUCGACUGGUUGACAGCAACUUCCCAACUGAUGAUUACAGCCCAGCAUUUUGGAGAAAUAGUUUCCACUCCAAGAGCCUGAGGCCGGCCCCUUCGAUUAAGAGUCUUCUGGAUGCCGACUGGGAGCAGCAGAGCAGGGACAGAGGAGUAGAGCGAGAGAGGGCAGGAGAUGCUGAAGAGGAGGGCGGAAGGUGUGGCCUUGCUCUGUUGCCGACAGCAACCCCUCUGUCAGUCAGGUUUUCAGGGCCCUCCCCUUCCCCGUCCCCCUCCCCGCCGGGACUGCGAGGAAGGAGGCGGAGGGAGGGGGAGGUGGCGGCGGAUGCUGCAGCAGCAGUAUCGGGAGCAAGAGGAGCAUCGCUCAUUCCUCCUCCCAGUCUCCCCCUCCUUUACUCCGUCUCCGCUCGAGCUGCAGAGGAGGAGGCUGCCGGCCGCGGAGGCUUACCCAGACGACAGGCUCCCUUCCCUGGCUGCAGCCCCAGCCCAGGCCCCCUCCCCGGCUCUGGAUCCCCAGAUUCCCCCAUGGAGCCUCUACCCACCCAGGGACAGACUCUAAGGCAUUACACCGCCUCCCGACCACGGCCACGGCGCACCCACACACAGCCCCCCUCCUCCAGGCCUCAGGAGCCGGUUUCAAAGGUAGAGAAUGAGUCCGGUGAGGAGAUGGGCCGAGUGGAUGAAGGAGUAGAGGAGUUCUUCACCAAGAAAAUCAUCCCUGACUAUGCACUAAAAGGCCAGUGGGAGGAGUCAAUCCCUGCCCAAGCCACUCCCCCAGAGCCAAGCUCCACCCCCUCCGCCUCAACCCCCUUUUCCUCUUCGUCUGACAAUAUCCCCUCCACCAGCCCCACCCCCACCACUGUCACCUCUCCCUCUGUCCCAUCUACUGACACGCCCUUCACAUCCACUGACGUUUCACCCCUCUCUACAUCCUCCACUCGCCCCGCCCCCUCUUCCAUCACCACCUCCACCCUUCCCACCAAAAACAUCAAGAAAAAGUUUGGCGACUUCUUUGCCUUCAAGAGGGCUCGAGCCGGCCGAGCCACCAAGGCCGGAGGGGGCGAGGGAGGCGGAGGAGCAGAGGGGGUGAGGGUCAAACGGACCUCCAUUGCAGACCUCAUCCGACCCCUCCGCGAGGCCAAAGAAAGGGAGAGAGAGAGGGAGAGAGAGAAGGGGAGAGGGGCAAGGUCAGUGGAGGAUGCUAACGUUUAUAAUGAUGCCACCACCACAGAAGGAUCCGUUGCCACCGGCCGCCGUCUUGCAGGCGAUGCGAGGGGAACGAUGGCGCCUGCCAAGACUUUAACCACGACAACGCCUUCCAGUGACACCGCUCCCUCUUACCCCACCAUUGCCACUUCCACGCUUCCCAACCUGGAGGAAGGGGCGCUUCCUGUCUUGCUGGGCCGCAGCCCCAGUCCUGUGGUCACCUCGCCUCUUACCGAGCAGGAGAGGAGCGGCGUGCAGGGCAAGGAGGCGGCGUUGGGAGGGACUCUGUACGGAGAGAGGAGACUGAAGGUGACCAAGAGGUCCCUGAGAGAGGGCAAGAGCCAGAGUCUCAUCCUGCUGACGGGGUUAGAGCCCGAAGACAAGGAUGACACACACAGCAAGAAACAUGCGUCUGAGAGCACAUCUAGUUUUGAACAGAGGCUUCAGGUGAUGCUGCACAGAAUGGGAGUGGCCAAAACUCCGCCUGCCGACACCAAGACAUACCAGAAUAAAGACGAGGAGCUGAGGAAGGCCAACUCUGAAGGUGCUAUCCUGGACAAACCCGUCCCACCUCCCACAUACAUGAAGCCCAGAACGAUGUCCACUUCAUCAGACCCCAGGCAUCCCAUGAGAGCGCUGGACCCUAUCCGACCAGACCCUAUCCGACCAGACCCUCCCCUCUACCCGAAGCCCGCCCUCCCCGAGCGCCCCGUCGUCCCGCUGCCGCCCAAACCAGCUGUCGCAGCCAAGCCCCCCCUGCCCACUCCGGCUCGCCCAGCCUCGGCUCCUCCAUCCAGCAGCCCGGCAGGGAGAGUCCAGCUCAGAGCACACACGUUCGAUGGCAGGCCGGGAGAGAGCACAGCACAGAAUGGAAGCCAGGAGCGUCCCCGGGGUGCAGCCUCCGCUCCGUCCUCCAGGAAAGAGCUGCUUCCUCCAGCUCCGCCUCCGUGGAGGGGUCCCGGUGCACAGGAGCGCUCUGAGAAAGCACAAUCAGUGACAGACGAGAGUCUUCCUAAACCACGCCCACACAUGAAGCCCCUUCCGCAACGCAGAGCUGUGUCCGUCCAUGAGGACACUCUGGCUAUGACACAAGAGCUGAAGGCGGUGUUGCAGAGGUCGCCCAUCCGUUGCCGGGGCAAAGGAGGGGACCUGCCCACCUGCACUGAAGAUCCAUCCAGUGGAGAGGAAGCACAUAGAGCUCCGGAGGCCAGUCACACAGGGAAGCAGACAUCUGAAGGAAAGAAGGAGGCUGUCCAGAUGGACGAGCUGAAGGCAGAGAGAGGAUGGACGGGCUGCAGACGGACGGUAGCUGAAACCAAGCACCCCCCUCCAGGGGAAGAGGACACCCCAGGCUCACGGUGUCCCUGCUCUAUAGCCCAAGCUCAACAAGAAGCCUCAGCGCCCCGACUCUUCAGUCCAACUGCAUCCCUCGACAGAGCGCCAUCCGUUCUGGAGAGGCCUCCAGCACUAACCCAGUGCCUGGAAAAGCCUCCUGUAACCCCCACAUCCGAGAAAAAGAGCCCCAGCACAGCUCCGCCGUUGCCCCGAACUCUAGAAAAGCUGCCGGUGUCCCCACCACCCCAAGAAAAGACCCCGAGCACAAUCCCAGCUGCAUCUGAAUCCCCGGUACACCCUCGAGUGAGCCCUCUGUCCCACAAGAACAAGAGCCCCGGCGCAGUAGCAGCCACAGCGGAUGUGAGAAACAGCACACAGGAGAGAGGGAAGGCGCUCUCUACACAGCACACAAUGAAGGCAGAGCCAGCAGACCAAAGAACUGAGCCCCCUCUGUCUGAAUAAAUCACACACAGACAGACCUACAUAAGAGAAAAAGACACACCUGGGUGAGAGGGAGAGGGGGGAGGGUCUGUGAUAUCACUAAGACCAGGAAGCGGGAGGUCUGAGAAUAGCACGAAUGUUGUAGCCUCCUGUAGUGUAACAGCUGCUGUGUCCCAUGUCAGGGGCGUUCUCUUUGAACGCCUGAGAGCUAAAUGUUUUUAAUGCACAUGGUUGGUGCACAUUUUUACUGCUAGCUUACAGCUAACGUCUGUACAGUUGCUGUAUUGGCUGUAUGGGGUGAAUAAACAGGGACUGCACAAACCUUCAAGGGGUCAAACACCUGUGAAUAGCGGGCCCAGUACAAUAGAAAUUGACCAAAGUUCUUCUGCUGGACAUACCCUCUUUGAGGGCAACAUUCAGAUUUGUUUUUUAUAUCUUUGAGUUGAUAAGGAGUGCCCAAUCGCAGCAAUUUUUUGGCAUGCAUUAUUGGGUUGUUAUUGCAGUCGGUGCUUAUUUACCCCAAACAGCAAAUGUACAGGCGUUAGCUGUGGCAAGCCAGCAACAUAGUGUGUGUCUGCGUAGUGCGUCUUGAUGUGUGGGCAGCUCAUCUUUAGACUGAUGUCAAAAAGGAGCUUUCAUUAUAACUAUAUUCUCAUCUCCGUACAUUGAUAAGAUGGUGCCAUAAAGCUGCAGGAUAAGCAGCAUUUUUUUGCUCAAGUUGAAACAUGUUGAACACAUUUAACUCUCUGCCUCAAUUUGCACCACCCAGCGUGAAUCUGCAUCCACUUGCAUCUUUGCAUUGAGUAAUCUGCAACCGCCCCCCCCCCCCAAAAUUCCCUUUGCAUUCAGUCUGAACACACCUUUAAAGGGUAACUACCAUUUUUUUUUCAACCUGGACCCUAUGUUCCUAUGUUUUUGUGUCUAAGUGACUGAUUGGAACAACAAUCUUUGACAUUGGUUCAGUAUUAAUCGCACUCGCUGCAGUCUGCAGUGGUGAAACAAGCUACAAUGUAAGUUAAU